AAAGGGGUGACUGAGCGGAGGCGGUCUCGGGACUCAGAGAAAAUGCUCGAUUACAAUGAUCUUAGAAUAGAGGCAGUCGAUUGUACGCUGAGAUAGAGCGGCGGACUGCCGGGAUCUUUUUUUUUGGUACUUCGUCGGAAAAUUGAAAGGAAAGUGCGACAUUUGGAGGAAUCGGGUGCGAGUUCUACGCGUUCUCGACGCAUACCUGUCUGAUAGAAAUGGAAGACGAGGCAAAGCAUGAUAUCGAUAAACUCGUCGACGAUCUAAAACGCGUCGUGAAGCUCGAGGCCUCGCAAAAAGAAUGCCCCAAUGUUGUUCAGAUCCUGGAUUCUGUGGUGAACGUCAGCAAAACAUCAAUCGGAGAGAAUACCGAGUUAGUCAUUGAUAAAGUCUUCCUAACACUGCUUGGGCACAUAUCCAAACAAGUGGUAGCAAAGACUGCGAAGGCCAUCGCGGAGAUUGCAAAGACUGAUCGGGGAAGGGAGAAAUGUACCAAUUUUGAGUUGAUACGGACGUUGAUUGAUUUGCUGAAGGAAGAAGAUGUGGAUGUGUUGACCCAGACUUCCAGAGCUCUAGGAAACAUCUGCUAUGAGAACGAAACUGGUAAAAACUUGGUGAGGGACCAGGAUGGUUUGAAGGUAAUCCUAGCUCUGCUGAAAAAAGGAAUUGCAUUCAGAAACAUUGAAGGUGCCAGCUUUCUACGGAAUGUAGCUGCUGGGUUUUUAUUGAACUUUUUGGUGGACCAAGAAAUGUUGUACAAAAAGGCGCUCGAGGAAGACAUGGUACCAGUUAUUUGCAGCAUUUUGGAAGAGGAUGGAAUCAAUGGUCGUGAAGCAGCAAUGCACGUGUUACUCACUCUUGGCAUAUUGAACGAUGAGAAUAUUAUAUUUCUCGACGAGAGAUUGACGAAAAUUUUGGUUAACAUAUUGGCCAGUGACACUUCCUCCGAGCUAUCCGAGAUGUGCUUGGAGCUGUUACAUGGCCAAGCCGAAGACGAAAAUGCAAAGCUGUUAUUAGCUAAAGCAGGAGUGUGUGAAUUGCUUCUGAAACUAUUAGAAAAACAUGGUCCACAAUGUAAUGAUGAGGAUACGCGGUCGAUUCUCAAAGUUGCCUGUAACUUGAUCGUUUUGAUUUUAACUGGAGAUGACAGUAUGAAUCUUCUUUACGAUGAUAGUAAGGGUCCUGUGUACAGGAAAUUGAUAGAAUGGCUAGAGAGUGCUGACGAAGAUUUACAGAUCACCGCCGUUUUAGCAAUGGGUAACGUCGCGCGGACCGACACGCAUUGUAAGCGUAUGGUUGAGCAGGGCAUUCAUCGGAAGCUGUUAAAAAUUCUCGAAAGAAACGGCAACAAAUCUGGCGAUAUCAGAUGCCAGCACGCCUCGCUCAGCGCGUUACGCAACCUUGUUAUACCCGCAGAUAACAAAUCGCAAAUUCUUGCCGAUGGUCUGAUCGAUGUACUCUAUCCAAUGCUGGAAAUUCCUACCUUUCCGGUCGUUUUCAAAUUGCUAGGGACGCUCAGGAUAGUUAUAGAUGGUCAAAGGGAAGCGGCAGUCUCUUUAGGACGAAGGGAGGAUCUGAUUAAACGGGCAGUCGAAUGGUGCUGUAUCGAGGACCACCCUGGUGUCCAGGGUGAAGCCAAUCGUUUAAUCGCUUGGCUAAUUAACAAUAGCAGGGACAAGCAGAUUGCCUUGUCGAUUAUCAAGUAUGGUGCGGUGCAGCAUCUAGUAAAAAUGCUUCUAGCGCAACACGCGCUAAUGCAAAAUGAAGCAAUUAUGGGUCUUACGAUAUUGACGAAGAUCUGUUCAGCGGAAUCUGAGGAGCUACUGAUCAAAGCAGACUUCGGUCGCAACAUGUGCGAGUUCUUUGCACGUGCCAACGAUCUCGAUGUGCCAAUCAUAUUAAACGCACUGUCACUAUUGGAAUCAAGUAUUUUGCAGUCAGAUCGACUGAAGGAGCAUUUCAAAAGCUGCGGAUUGACCAACGCAGUAUGCAAAAUUUUGCUUAUAAAUAAAAAUACCACCCCGGAGUUGCAGAACCAGAUUACCAAUUUGCAAGCGAUGCUGGACACCGCUUUGGGAACAAACUAAAGACGAUGACUAAGUCAAAAAUCCAUAAAGAAGAAAAAAAAGAACUUUAUGCGUUCACGCUGCCAUUACCACAUUGUUGUAUCUUCCAUCAUUCCAAAGAACCAUACAGAGAGAAGACUUCUUCACUGACCAAAUUGUCUCAAACUUUUGAUCCAUAAAUUACAAGACAUAUUUUAUUUAUUGAGAAAUAUAUACUCUAUUGAUGUACA